CCGCCUCUGGAUGUUUUUGGGUCAGAGAGAGUUUACUGCAACUACACCAGGCAGGGCGGAACUGUUUGCAGUAUGUCGAAGGAAGACGGACAGCCAGGCAGAGUUACAGCUCACAGCUAACUUGUUAACAUGCCAGUAUGCUAGGUUAAAUCCCCAGUUGUUCUAACGACGUCGCGGAUACUAUUCGCGGCUUGUUUCUGGGUGUUUUGGAGGUGUUUGAACUUCCCUCACUUUCUCCCCAACGUAUUUUCACGAAGGGAGGCGGCGGUGGAGCUCUCGGCUCGGCAGCCAUCUUUGGACCUGCCUGGGAGUGGGAUUCGACUAUUCUGGCACCCCAGUUACUUCGAGGGUGGGGAUUUUAACCUAUAAUAAUUCACAAAUCUGUAUGUUAUCAUCGACUGACAGCGUUAAGAACCACAAGGAUUUGGUGUACGAAAUUACCGCACCGAGGAUGAAACAGGAAGAAUACUUUUAUAAUCCCAAACAGUUUUGAAAUACACGACAUUCUCUACAGUGCUGAAACCUGGCCUGUCAGGAGAGGCUCUGAACACAUAUGAGACCACUGUCCUGCAGAUGAGCCAUCGGUGGGGGCUUUCAAGUCGCUGUCGCAGACCCAGAUAGUUCCUGGCGGCAGCGGCAUUGCCCCCACUCCCCAGUAUGCCCAACAGCAGUCGGGCGGGGAGCCUGAAGGACCCCGAAAUUGCUGAUCUCUUCUUCAAGGAGGACCCAGAAAAGCUCUACGCAGAUCUGCGUGAGAUUGGACAUGGCAGCUUUGGUGCUGUAUAUUUUGCACGGGAUGUGCGGACAAAUGAGGUGGUUGCCAUCAAGAAGAUGUCUUAUACUGGGAAGCAGUCCAGUGAGAAAUGGCAAGACAUAAUAAAGGAGGUGAAAUUCCUGCAGAGAAUACAACACCCCAACAGCAUAGAGUACAAAGGAUGUUACCUGCGAGAGCAAACUGCCUGGCUGGUAAUGGAGUAUUGUCUAGGCUCUGCUUCAGAUUUGUUAGAAGUUCACAAGAAACCUCUGCAAGAAGUUGAAAUAGCGGCAAUUACCCAUGGUGCUCUUCAAGGGUUGGCUUAUCUUCAUUCCCAUAACAUGAUUCAUCGAGAUAUCAAGGCAGGAAACGUCUUGCUGACGGAGCCAGGGCAGGUAAAACUAGCAGAUUUUGGUUCUGCCUCCAUCGCCUGUCCUGCCAACUCCUUUGUUGGGACUCCAUAUUGGAUGGCUCCAGAAGUAAUUUUAGCUAUGGAUGAGGGUCAGUAUGAUGGAAAGGUGGACAUUUGGUCUUUGGGAAUAACCUGCAUUGAAUUGGCUGAAAGGAAGCCUCCACUGUUCAACAUGAAUGCAAUGAGUGCCUUAUACCAUAUAGCACAGAAUGAGAGCCCCACGCUGCAGUCUAGUGAAUGGACGGAUUAUUUCCGAAACUUUGUAGAUUCUUGCCUUCAGAAAUUUCCCCAGGAUAGGCCGAACUCUGAGGAGCUCUUAAAGCAUGCAUUUGUCCAACGUGAGCGACCAGAAUCAGUUCUAAUAGACCUGAUAAAUCGGACUAAGGAUGCAGUGCGGGAGCUGGACAAUCUGCAGUAUCGUAAAAUGAAGAAGAUCUUGUUUCAGGAAGCCCACAAUGGCCCCACAACUGAGGCACAAGAUGAAGAGGAGGAGCCAGAACACAGUGUGGGUAGGACGGGUACAGUGAACAGUGUGGGGAGCAACCAAUCCAUACCCAGUAUGUCAAUCAGUGCCAGUUCCCAGAGCAGCUCUGUCAACAGUCUAACAGAUGCAGGCGAUGACAAGAGUGAAGUGGACAUGGAGGGAGACCACACAGUCAUGUCCAACAGCUCUGUGAUACACCUGAAACCGGAGGAAGAGUCAUAUAAUGAAGAGUCAGAACCUCACACCCGGCCAACUGAGCCACAGUCCCCGCCUGCACACACUCCACGGCCAAAACGGAACCGCGAACACUUUGCUACUAUACGCACAGCCUCAGUGCUCACUCGCCAAAUUAAGGAACAUGAGCAGGAUUCUGAGUUAAGGGAGCAGAUAUUGGGCUACAAGCGCAUGAGGCGGCAGCACCAGAAACAGCUGAUGGCUCUGGAAAACAAGCUGAAGGCUGAAAUGGAUGAGCACAGACUCCGCCUGGACAAGGAGCUGGAGAACCAGAGGAAUAGCUUUGCCCAGGAGAUGGAGAAACUGAUCAAGAAGCACCAGGCGUCCAUGGAGAAAGAUGCAAAAACUUUUAGCAAUGAUGAAAAGAAGUUCCAACAACAUAUUCAGAGUCAGCAGAAGAAAGAGCUCAACAGCUUCCUAGAAUCUCAGAAACGGGAGUAUAAACUUCGCAAGGAACAACUCAAAGAGGAGUUGAAUGAAAACCAGUCAACACCCAAGAAAGAAAAGCAAGAGUGGCUGUCCAAGCAGAAGGAGAACUUCCAACACUUCCAAGCAGAGGAAGAGGCCGACUUACAGCGCAGACAGAGGCAGUAUCUGGAGCUGGAGUGCCGCAGGUUCAAACGGAGGAUCUUGAUUGCUCGCCACAAUAUUGAGCAGGACUUAGUGCGUGAGGAGCUAAACAAGCGUCAGACCCAGAAGGACUUGGAACAUGCCAUGCUUCUCCGGCACCAUGAGUCCAUGCAAGAGCUGGAGUUCCGCCAGCUCAACACCAUCCAAAAGACGAGGGCUGAGCUGAUCCGCCUGCAGCACCAGACGGAGCUCACCAAUCAGCAGGAGUACAACAAGAGGAGGGAGAGGGAACUUCGACGCAAACACGUUAUGGAGGUUCGCCAGCAACCCAAGAGCCUCAAGUCCAAAGAGCUACAGAUCAAGAAGCAGUUCCAAGACACAUGUAAGAUCCAGACAAGGCAGUACAAAGCACUGAGGAACCAUCUGUUGGAGACCACACCAAAGUCAGAGCACAAGGCUGUCCUUAAACGGCUGAAGCAGGAGCAGCACCGCAAACUUGCCAUCUUGGCUGAGCAGUAUGACCACUCCAUCAAUGAGAUGCUUUCCACUCAGGCGCUACGUCUGGAUGAGACUCAGGAGGCUCAGUGCCAAGCCCUACGAAUGCAACUACAGCAGGAGCUGGAGCUUCUCAACGCCUACCAGAGCAAGAUCAAGAUGCAGACAGAUGCCCAGCAUGAACGCGAGAGGAAAGACCUGGAGCAGAGGGUGUCACUCCGAAGGGCCCUGCUGGAACAGAAGAUUGAGGAGGAGAUGCUGUCCUUGCAGACUGAACGCUUGGAGCGAAUCCGGAGCCUGCUGGAACGUCAAGCCCGAGAAGUUGAGGCUUUUGACUCCGAGAGUAUGCGCCUGGGCUUCAGCAACAUGGUGCUAUCAAACAUCUCCCCAGAGGGCCUCAGCAGGAGCUUUCCUGGGGCUCCAGGAAGUUGGAGUCACCAUCAGCAACAGCACCCAUCUGGGAGUGCUCACGGGUCACACUGGGGCAGUGGCAGUCUGGGCACAGGGUCAAGCCACCAAGGCAGCCAUCACCACUAUCACUCCAGUCCGGGGGGGGCACCCAUGCAGCAAGGCUGGGGGCAGGGCAUGCAGGGAGGUGGGGGUCCAUCACCAUGGGGCCACCCAUCAGCAGGAGCCCUGGUCUCCCGCAGCAGUGGAGGUGUACAGAACAGCCCCCAAGCAAUGGGGAGGACACCCUCAGGAGGGCGCAGUGAGCAGGCCAUGAGCAGGAGUACCAGUGUCACCUCUCAAAUAUCUAACGGGUCACACCUCUCCUACACAUAGAUGUCAGCCCUGGAGUCAGGGUUUGAGCAUGGAGAUGUAGAAUCCAACAAACACAGCAGGAUAGAGUAUUGGCUGAGCUCUGCUGCUCUGUCUCUCUCUGCGACACUUCCCCUCCGUUUCUCCCGUGUACAGAUGUGGGGGUGUGAUGAAAUAAAUGUUGCUCAGGUCAAAAGGGCUGGAAGAGACGCAGCCCGUCCUCACGGCAGUUGAUCGGCACACAUACAGAUCCUUAAAUUUAUGUUACAUAAGCAAUUUGAGUGUCAACACAUAAUACUUUCAUUUGUUUUCAUUUACAGCUCUCUCCUUUGGAAUUUUUAAAAUAUAUGUUUUGUGCUAUUCACAGCCAUUGCUCUCAUUUUGCACAUGAAACACUGUUAGAAAAGCCUUUAACAUGUGUUAACUAUGUCCUUAGAAAUGUGGUAUCAAACAAUCACAGUAAACUGAUUUUAUAUAGCACUCCCCUCAUUCACUCUCCCAAUUCAUACUCAGUUAUACACUGGUUGAUUAUUUGAUGGUGGUCAGAAAUGCAGCAGACCUAACUAAAGGUGCUUUGCUGUUGUGAUACCAGCCUGCUGUAAUGGUCAUUGUGAUAAAUUAGAUGCCUCCUUUUUAUUCAGUAGUUUUAUUUCACCUGAUUUCCUGGUCAUCAGCCAAAAUGAGACUUGACAAAUUCAGAGCCAAAUAAACUAAUCUUAACUGCUUCAGGCUUAUGCUACAACACUACUUCAGUGCCUUUUAACCUUUGACUAUAGAAAUUGGUCUCAGUCUAUGUUUAUAGUUUAAUAUUUUAAAUUUCAUCAUCAGUUGCCAGUGUAUGUUUAGUUCAGUCUUUUAAUACCUGUGAUUUUAGUUCCAGAGGUCCCAAAUACUUUUGUCAGAUUACUGUAUUCACUGUGUAUGCAGUAAAUUUGGUUCAAAUCUUGAAGAAGUACACAUUCACAGGAGGAAUUGUGAGGGGGAAAAAAGGAGACUCAUUUGCCUUCAAAAACAAUCCUUAUAUUGAUCUGUUGAUUUUUAUUAGUGCCUUUUUAAAACUGCUGCCUUUUUCAAAGCACUUUAUACAGCUACAUAUGUGUAACAUUAAUAUUUGACUUAUUUUCGCAAAGCACCUGGUAGAUGAGUGUUUUGUCGGUACGUAUGUAGGUAAGUUAAGGAGUCGAACUAACCUGUGCUGUGAUUUUGUUUUGUUUUUUGCUUUUUUUAGGAGCAAUUUCCCAAGUACAGACAAGGCCUAGUGUAUGUUAACAUACAGUAUGUGAGUGAAGGAAUUUUCCCCCUUUCUGCAGCUUUUACUGUGUUUUGAAACUGUAGAGGUUAGUUAUCUCCUCUGUGUGUUUCUGCUGAAUUUUGAUUGAAUAGAUGAUGUGAGGAUGCUGCAGUGUUUUUAGAUAUGUUUUGGCUACCAUUUCCAUAAAACAAACUGAAAAGAAUCCAUUAUGUGCAGGCAGGUAGCUUAAGGUAAUUGUCAUGACCAUGACAGCAGGCUUGGCACUACUUAGAAAACUAUAACACUGUUUAAAAAACGUUGGGGCCCAGUUGAGUAACACUAAAAAUUUAAAAGGUGCUAAGUUAUAAAUGUUACACCAUCUCAUCAGAACAACAGCCAAAUACAAAAUAAAUGUGGCAAAAAGCACUUAGGUAUUCCUUUGAUAGCUCUAGCAGCUCCUCCAAUAAUAUCUGUUUCUGUUCGCUCCCUUCUCUCUGCUUUGUGGUUGAAAUAUCAUUAGAAAAGUUGGUGCCCUUUUAACAGCCUCUCUGUUCAAGUUAGGCUUUCCAUUUCCAUAGAGAGAAUUUUAACAGACUUAGUGGAAAAGGCCUUUUAAGGAUAAUGAUCCAGAGAUGAUAAGGAUGUAUGCUCCACAAAUGAAUCACAAAGCUGGAGUUAAAUGUUCAUAUGUGUAUAUUGUAUUGAAGAAAACAUUUAAAGACUAAACUCUCAUUUUAAGAAAAUAAUUUCUAAAACUAACUUUAUUUAACUGACAGACCACACUGAUAUUAGCAAACCUUUCACUCAAAGUGAAAGUGAUGUUGAGUUGUCUGGACAUAGCUCAUUGGAAAAUAUUCUUGGUUUUGUGUGCACAGACAGAAUGCCUCAUAUGCAUGUAUUUGCUGUCAUCUCCUUUUAAAUGCCACUUAUUUAGCCAACCAGCCAUCUCUGAGCAUUAUCACUGCAGAGUUUGUUCUCCCACACUACACGUUUGACUGUUUGACCAAUCUGAUUCAGAGUCACCUUUUCAGAUGCUGGCUCUUUCUGAAUGUCAUACUGUGAUAUAUUCCUAUCACAUUUGAGGACACAAAAAUGCUGGGGUAUUUUUCUUAAAUAGGUGGGAUUUUAAUUUUUAACAUUUUCAACUACCUACCUAGACAGUAUGCAUUAUGUCAAGUUACAUAUGGUUUGGUCCCAAAACUCUUCCUUUUUUUUUUUAAUGCCAAGUGACUAGUUCCAGCUACUGUAACACAGCAGGUUAUAUUAAUAUUUUUUUUCUGAUUUAUUGAUAUUUGGUAAAGAAAAGGGGAAUGUAUUUAUCAUGAUCGGAAUCUUAACUUAAGUCAAAAGCCAAGAGUUUGAAUGUUACACACACAUGCCAACCUUACGUUAUCUCAAUGUUGUGUGUGAGGGAAUCUGGAUAUUGUCGUCAAUCAUUGUCGGUCAUAAGACCUUUCCACUGACCUGGAUUUUAUUUUUUUAGUUUAACUUGAUGUCAAAUUUUGUCCUACUGACUGAAAGCAUAAAGGAUACUGAAUGAGAAUCGGCAACAGUAAAUGGUGAUCCAUUCUAUGGUCAAACACUGUGCCAUAUCUGAGUUGCCAAGCCCAGAUACCACUGCAUUGUCUCAUCUCCCUGGUUUUACCUAUCAUUGGGCUGACGGCAUGAAAUGUAUGAAACCUAAAAACAAGUUGGUUCUGGUCUAGUGGCCAAAGUGAAAAGGCUUGAAAAGAUGACGUGGUGACAGGCAAAUUAUGAAAAGAGAUUGCAUUUCUUUGAAGAUGUCAGUAUUCUUCUUUGGCACAUUACCACUACAACUCAUAACCUGUAUUAAACUGUAUAGAUGGUGGAACUUGUUAUUGAAUGUCAUUGAGAUUAUGAAGAUACUACAUAAGAGAUGGUAAAGUACUAAAAGUGGAUUUAAAUUGUGUAAAAAGAUUCAUAAAACAGAAUAAAAAUAGGAUCAAAUUUACUAUUUUGUUUGUAUUAUAUCUACUAUUGUGUUGGCAGAGGGAUAUUGAACAGAAAUCAGCUGUAAUAAAGUAAUUUUAGUAUAA